GACGCGCUCCCUUUCCGGCCUGCAGGCUGCCUGGUUGGGCGCGCGGGGGAGAGGCCGCGCUGAGGGGACUCUGUCGUCGCCAUCAUGCCGGUCUACUUCCAGCGUCCCGAGAACGCCCUGAAGCGGGCCAAUGAAUUCCUUGAGGUUGGCAAGAAACAACCUGCCCUUGAUGUUCUUUAUGAUGUUAUGAAAAGUAAAAAACAUCGAACAUGGCAAAAAAUCCACGAGCCGAUUAUGCUGAAGUACCUGGAGCUCUGUGUGGACCUCCGCAAGAGCCAUCUGGCAAAGGAAGGAUUGUACCAGUACAAGAAUAUUUGCCAGCAGGUGAACAUCAAAUCUUUGGAGGAUGUUGUUCGAGCCUAUUUGAAAUUAGCUGAAGAGAAAACUGAAGCUGCAAAGGAAGAAUCCCAGCAGAUGGUGCUUGAUAUUGAAGACUUGGAUAAUAUUCAGACUCCAGAGAGUGUUCUCUUAAGUGCUGUAAGUGGGGAAGACACUCAAGAUCGUACUGAUCGACUGCUUUUGACACCUUGGGUUAAAUUUCUAUGGGAAUCAUACAGACAGUGUUUGGACCUUCUCCGAAACAAUUCUAGAGUGGAACGCCUCUACCAUGAUAUUGCACAACAAGCUUUUAAGUUCUGCUUGCAGUACACUCGUAAGGCCGAGUUUCGUAAACUCUGUGAUAACCUGAGAAUGCAUCUAGGGCAGAUCCAACGCCAUCAUAACCAAAGUACAGCAAUCAACCUCAAUAAACCGGAGAGCCAGUCUAUGCACUUGGAAACGAGGCUGGUACAACUGGACAGUGCUAUUAGCAUGGAGCUAUGGCAGGAAGCUUUCAAGGCAGUGGAGGAUAUUCAUGGGCUCUUCUCUCUGUCUAAGAAACCACCCAAACCCCAGUUAAUGGCAAACUACUAUCACAAAGUUUCAACUGUUUUCUGGAAAUCUGGAAAUGCUCUCUUCCAUGCAUCCACACUUCAUCAACUUUAUCAUUUGUCAAGAGAAAUGAGAGAGAAUCUCACACAAGAGGAGAUGCAAAGGAUGUCUACCAGAGUCCUUCUGGCCACGCUGUCAAUCCCUAUAACUCCUGAGCGAACAGAUAUUGCUUGUCUUCUGGAUAUGGACGGCAUUAUUGUUGAAAAACAGCGACAUCUGGCAACACUGCUGGGCCUCCAGGCCCCACCUACACGUGUCAGUCUUAUUAACGAUAUGGUAAGGUUCAACGUGGUGCAGUAUGUAGUUCCAGAAGUGAAGGAACUUUACAAUUGGCUUGAAGUAGAAUUCCACCCCCUAAAGCUGUGUACCCGUGUAACCAAGGUCCUGAACUGGGUGAAAGAUCAAGCUGAAAAGGAGCCUGAACUGCAGCUCUAUGUCCCACAUCUGCAAAACAACACCAUUCUUCGACUCCUGCAGCAGGUGGCCCAAAUUUAUCAAACCAUCGAUUUUUCUCGUCUGGCUACCCUUGUUCCCUUUGUCGAUGCUUUCCAGCUGGAACGUGCUAUUGUAGAUGCAGCCAGACACUGUGACUUGCAAGUUCGCCUUGAUCAUACCUCUCGAAAACUGAGCUUUGGAUCAGAUUUGAACUAUUCUACUCGAGAAGAUGCUCCACUUGGUCCUCAGCUGCAAAGCAUGCCUUCUGAGCAAAUUAGAAAUCAGCUCACUGCUAUGUCUUCUGCUCUUGCUAAGGCUCUUGAAGUUAUUAAACCCCCUCACUUGUUGCAAGAGAAGGAGGAGCAACAUCAGAUGGCUGUUAAUGCAUACUUAAAAAAUUCAAGGAAAGAGCAUCAACGUAUCCUUGCUCGUCGUCAAACUAUAGAAGAGAGAAAGGAGCGUCUUGAAAGUCUAAACAUUCAGCGUGAAAAAGAAGAGCUGGAGCAACGUGAAGCUGAACUACAAAAAGUUCGUAAAGCUGAGGAAGAAAGGCUGCGCCAGGAGGCAAAGGAGAGAGAAAAGGAGCGUAUUCUGCAGGAGCAUGAACAAAUCAAAAAGAAAACUGUUCGAGAACGGUUGGAACAGAUCAAGAAGACUGAACUGGGAGCCAAGGCAUUCAAAGAUAUUGAUAUUGAAGAUCUUGAAGAAUUGGACCCUGACUUCAUUAUGGCUAAACAGGUUGAACAGCUGGAGAAGGAAAAGAAAGAACUCCAAGAACGUCUGAAGAAUCAGGAGAAGAAGAUUGACUAUUUUGAACGAGCAAAACGCUUAGAAGAAAUUCCUCUAAUAAAGAGUGCUUAUGAAGAACAAAGGGUUCAUGAUAUGGAGCUGUGGGAGCAGCAGGAAGAAGAAAGGAUCACCACUCUGCAGCUGGAACGUGAGAAAGCCCUUGAGCAUAAGAACAGAUUAUCAAGGAUGCUGGAAGAUAGAGACUUAUUUGUAGAUAGGCUCAAGACAGCACGGCGAUCAAUUUAUGAGGAAAAAUUGAAACAGUUCCAAGACAGGUUAGCAGAAGAAAGGCAUGCUCGUUUGGAGGAACGCAAAAAACAACGCAAAGAGGAGAGGCGGAUUACCUAUUACAGAGAAAAAGAGGAAGAAGAGGAGAGGCUGCGAGAGGAGCAGAUGCUUAAAGAGCGCGAAGAGAAGGAACGUAUUGAACGCGAGAAACGUGAGCAAGAACAGCGUGAAUACCAGGAGCGGGUCAGAAAACUAGAAGAAGUGGAGAGGAAAAAACGUCAAAGAGAACUUGAGAUUGAAGAGAGAGAGCGUCGCAGAGAGGAGGAGAGAAGGGGUCUUGAUGAUCCAUUUUCAAGAAAGUCAUCUCGCUGGGGAGACAGAGAUGGUGAAAGCUGCUGGAGAAGAGGCGCUGAGCCAGAAUCGGAGUGGAGAAGAGGACCACCAGAAAGGGACUGGCGUCGGGGAGAAGCACGAGAUGAUGAAAGGGGCCCCAGGCGGGGCUUGGAUGAGGACAGGGGCCCCAGGCGGGGCUUGGAUGAGGACAGGGGCCCCAGGCGUGAAGUGGAUGAGGACAGGGGCCCCAGGCGGGGCUUGGAUGAGGACAGGGGCCCCAGGAGGGGCUUGGAUGAGGACAGGGGCCCCAGGAGGGGCUUGGAUGAGGACAGGGGGAGCUGGCGCGGCCUGGAUGAGGACAGGGGCCCCAGGCGCGGCCUGGAUGAGGACAGGGGCCCCAGGCGCGGCCUGGAUGAGGACAGGGGCCCCAGGCGCGGCCUGGAUGAGGACAGGGGCAGUUGGAGGGCUGCAGAUGAGGACAGGGGCCCCAGGCGUGGCCUGGACGAGGACAGGGGCCCCAGGCGUGGCCUGGACGAGGACAGGGGCCCCAGGCGUGGCCUGGACGAGGACAGGGGCCCCAGGCGUGGCCUGGACGAGGACAGGGGCCCCAGGCGUGGCCUGGACGAGGACAGGGGCCCCAGGCGUGGCCUGGACGAGGACAGGGGCCCCAGGCGUGGCCUGGACGAGGACAGGGGCCCCAGGCGUGGCCUGGACGAGGACAGGGGCCCCAGGCGUGGCCUGGACGAGGACAGGGGCCCCAGGCGUGGCCUGGACGAGGACAGAAUAUUGAGACGAGAUGAAGACAGAGGGCCCUGGCGUAGUUCAGAUGAGGACCGACUCUCAAGACGUGAUGACGACAGGGGUCCGUGGCGUGGAGGGGAUGAUGACAGAGGUCCCAGACGUGGCGAUGAUUCAAGACCUGGUCCUUGGAGACCAUUUGGUAAACCAGGUGGGUGGAGAGAACGAGAAAAGGCUCGUGAAGACAGUUGGGGACCCCCAAGAGACUCGAGACCCUCAGCAGACCGAGAAUGGGAUAGAGAUAAAGAUCGUGAUGAAAAUGAAAGGGACCGUGAUUUUGACAGAGAUCGUGACUUUGAUCGGGAUGAUCGUUUCCGACGCCCUAGGGAUGAAGCUGGUUGGAGGCGAGGACCAGCUGAGGAAACUUCCAGCUGGCGAGACUCACCUCGCCGAGAUGAGUGGGACAGAGGUGGUCGUGAUCUUAGAGAUCGGCGUAUUGAUGACAGGGACAGAAGAGGACCUCCAAUCAGAGCAGACCGUGAAGAACCCAACUCAUGGCGGCGUGGUGAUGACAGGAGAGAAGAGCGUGGCGAAGAACGUGAAGCUGUGCGGCGACCUGCUCCUGCUUCUGCUUUGUCGCCUGCUCCUACUCCAUCUCAUGCUCCUCCUGCCCCUGCCCGUGCUGUUUCUCCUUCUCCUGCCCCUGCCCCCGACUCUGCCCCUGCCCCUGUUUCCAAGGAAGGAGAAAAAGAUGGAGAGAAAGAGAAGGCUGCCUGGAAAACAGAAAAAGAGCGAGAAUCCCUUCGUCGCAUUAAAAAUGAGACAGACGAAGAUGGAUGGACCACUGUACGGCGUUAAGUCAAAAA